AUGUGUAUUUGCUUCAUACCGGUGGCAGUAGCUGGACAGGCCAAAGCUGCUACUUUCGGGGUCGGGGGGGGCGAGUUGCUUCCCGCCUCUAGACCGGGAGGAAGCACACAGACCGCUGAUGAUGCGACGUUCCCUUUGCCGGCUGGUCCCCCCGCCAGUACAGCAACCUCUCUGCCCCUAACCCGCCCUAGCGUAGGCCCCAUCGAACUCGUCAAGGAAUCGUUCAAGAUGCAAAUCUUCGUCAAGACUCUUACCGGGAAGACCAUCACCCUCGAGGUCGAAUCCUCGGACACCAUCGACAAUGUCAAGGCCAAAAUCCAGGACAAGGAAGGCAUUCCUCCAGACCAACAGCGAUUGAUUUUCGCCGGUAAGCAACUCGAGGACGGCCGAACCCUUGCCGACUACAACAUCCAGAAAGAGUCUACUCUUCACUUGGUUCUCCGUCUGCGUGGUGGCCUGAUCGAGCCCUCCUUGAAGGCUUUGGCAUCCACCUACAACUGUGAAAAGAUGAUCUGCCGUAAAUGCUACGCUCGUCUUCCUCCUCGUGCUACCAACUGCCGCAAGCGUUCAUGUGGCCACUCCUCCCAACUCCGCCCCAAGAAGAAAUUGAAAUAGAUGAUUCUCAUUAUCCUAGCAUCGUUCCAACUGUUGUUGUUUUUGGAACACCUCAGUCUCCUUGCUAUCCCUCACCAUUGGUCCCCUCCUCCCAAUGUUAUGAGCUCAUCUGGGCGUUCAAACCUUCCCACAUUGGUCAUGAAUUUAAGAUACUGUCCUACUUUGAUGUAUUCACUAUCCUCGGCGAGCGCCUGUUUCUUUUCCCUCCAUCCCGUCCUGCGGUUGAUUAAUAUCGAAUGAGGUGAGUCGCGUGACUCCCAAAAACAAGUACGAAGUGGGUCUCCUUCAGGGCGUUGCAUGAAUCAUAUUCCGAAGUGCAGGGGGGAUUGGUUGAUUGAACUAGCCACAUUGAG